GGGGGCUGGCAACUCUCCUGGUUGUCUUCUUCCCGACUUGACCCUCGGGUUGUGGUAAUGACGGACGUCUAAAUCACCUUCUGGAUGCUCGCUUACGCUGCCGCAUGGUCGACGAGAUGGCGGCUUCACGGACGGGUAAUCUCGACAACAUCCGUUUCUUCCAAUUGAUCAACAAGUGGCGUUAUCCCGGUUUCAAAUAUCCAGUGAGAACAAAGUUCUGUAACGGUUCCUGGCCCCCCAGCCGGAUGAUGGUCACGCCACUGCACGUGGAAACUAGGAACAUGGGUUGCUCCCUAGCGGGACGGAUCGAAAAUUUAUCUUCAACUCGUCCCAAUCGGGGGUCGACUAUGGAGAUGCGUUGUUGCAAAUAGUUCGCGGAUCAGUCCGACCGGCUUUAAAUCAUGCGAUCGCCGUUGCGAAACGCAGCGGGAGCCGCGCUUCAGCAGACUUUCUCUCCCUCAUUCAAGGAAAUAGUCGAAUUCAACAGGUCAGCAGCUUACGGCCAAGCUCCUGUAUCGGCAUAUCUCUGGGAGGUCUCUAGACGGCCACACAAUGGGUGAUAUUCCGAAGAACAUGGAACAUGUGGAGCGGCGCGAACUGUACACGUCGCUCCCGGUUCGAGUCCAGUACCUCCAGCAGUUCCUUGAAUUCGGAGCAGAUGACGUCGUCGCCUUGAUCGAGGGACAGAAAUACAUCAAAGCCAUUAUUCCGGCAAUCGUCAACAUGGUGUACAAGAAGUUGCUGAGGCACGACAUCACGGCGCGAGUCUUCAGCACGCGAGAUAGUCGCAUCGAAGAAAAUCCCGUGACAUGGAUCAAGGAAGACGACGCCCAGAUCCGGCACCGGAAGAUGUUUUUGAGGUGGUACCUCACGAAACUCAAUUCCGACCCCAGCAAAAUGGAGUACUGGCAGUAUCUGGACAAAGUAGGGUUGAUGCAUGUGGGCAAAGGACGCCGUAACCCUCUGCACGUGGACUACAUCUUCCUCGGCGCGUGCCUGGGCUACAUCCAAGACUCGAUGACGGAAGCCAUCCUCUCGCACCCGCGGCUGGAGCUGACGCAGAAGAUCGCCAUCGUCAAGGCGAUCGGCAAGGUGAUCUGGAUCCAGAACGACCUGAUGGCGAAAUGGCACGUCGAGGACGGGCGCGAGUUCCUGGACGAGGAGCUCGAGGAGGACAUGGAGGCCGAGGCGCGCGAGCCCGAGGGCUACCUCCACGGGAAGCGCAUCCUGGGCAACGGCGGGGGGCCCGGCGGCAACGGCAACGGCGACGACGAUAGCUCGAUCGCGGGCACCGUGUCGUCGACGUCGUCGGAAAAGAGCACCACCAGCCUCGGCCGCACGAUGGAGCAGGUCCGCCUGUCCAACGAGCAGCAGAAGAUGUCCACGUGCCCCUUCAGCGGCAUGGCGUCGGCUAGUACAGAGGACAUGGAGAAGCAGCGCGCCGCCACCUGGCGACCGACCCGCCGGGAGCUGCUGCAGACCGAGCCGACGUCGCCCCCUCGUCUUCCAACGGGCAUCCCGCGACUCCGCGUGAUUGAUGGCAAAACCAGCUGUAAGGAGAAUCUGGAUCCGAAUCCGUUUGCAUAGGUAGGCAGGCAGGCAGGCAUCCCCAGCGUGAGGAGAGAGAGCCAGCCACCAAGCCAGCCGCGAAGCCUUCCGCGCUCCGAGCCACGAUACCGUUAGCUAGCUCAUUGCCAAAUGAACCAGCCGAUCGAGGCCAGUUGUGGAUGCGUGCUGCCAUCCCAGGCUACACAAGUGAACGGACUCACCUCACUUCAAACCCAGGCCUCGCUUGCCGGCGCGCCGUGGGAUUCAUGUACAUUUUAAGCAAUUAGGGAAUGAAUUGAAACCAAAAGCAUUUUCCUUACAGGUUUAUCGGCCUUUUUUCCCGGUGUAUGCCCCGGGCCUGUCCUCGGCCUCGCUCCGCUGCAUACGGUGCACCAAGGAGUGCGAAAUGUCCUCCACAGAAGAAGAGAAAGGAUCUCGUGGCGGAUUAAAUAGACACGUUCCGAAGCUACAACCCGCAUCACCGAAUCCUCGUCAUAUAGAUAGGCACCAGGACAUGAAGGAAGAGGAGGGAAGACUUUGCCCAGACACGGAAAACAACGAGAUCGCGGUGCACAACAAAUCAUGAUUAGUGGCCCCGGCCCCCCGAUCAAUAUCCGUUGGUGUGAAUGUAACGCCCUCUCCGCGAGAUGGAGGCAGGUCAACCCUGUCCUACCGCGCCGUUCGAGGUCCGUUUCAACAGAGUCUCUGUGAUCAAAGAAGCAAUAAGC